AGGAUAGUUCAUCCGUAAAUGAGGUCCCUUACCUCGGUAUUACUCUUCCUCUUGGUGGCACAUCGUCCGACGAUAGCUUGGCUCGGGCUAGAAGAGAAACUUCCGCGCUGGCUCAGUAACAAUAUUAUUUACCGCAAGUAUCAGGCUGGCGACGACUCGAGCCGCGUUCUCGAGGAUCUUGCUAUUCUCUGUACACGAGAGGAUGUGUUUUGUUUCGUCGCGGUAGACACUUCUAUCAGCGCGAAGGCCGUUGUCGGCUAUAUCGAAAUGGAAAUUCCUGCUUACAUGCCGGAUCCGAGAGUGAUGGACGCUAUUCUCGAGAAAAUGCCCGCUCCAAGUAAGAAGAAGAAAGAUAAAGUCAUUGGUUAUAUAGCUUAUGUAAAAGUGGCUGCGUCCUCUCGAGGCCAAGGCAUUGGAACGGACCUUAUUUCACGUACCUUCAACUAUCUCGGCCGAACCAGGCCCAACUUGGUCGCCAUGUACCUAAUGGUAAAUGAGGACGAUAAAGCAGCCAUUGCUUUGUAUAAGAAGACGCAGUUCGUGAUGCUCACAUACCAGGACAAAGAUACUCUCUAUUACGCGCGUUAUAACAUGAAGUAGAUCGCAGUGGCUCACAGAGUUCUAUCACGGAGCCGUCUUUCUACUUCACGACCAUCAUGUGAAUUCCAUAGCUUUUCUCCCGUUUUUCGAGAGAACCGGACCAUUUCUUCUUCAAGGAGUUAUUCGGUCUGCAAAAAACUCGAUUGUUCGACAAGCAGCACAUGUUCUCUCGCACCAACCCAAGCUGGCCCAAUUUCUCCAAUGAGAAACUCUGAGUGAGGAUGGCUUGUGCUUGACAAUGACUCUUA